AUGCUCAAAGAAGCCCAUCUAGUCUCUGAGGCCCAUGAUCAAAUCUGCCCAAUAAGUGUCAAAAUCUUCUCUAUUAAGUCAGUGGUUAAGCAUAAUCAUAGGAUAAGCCAAUUACCUGAUCAUUUGAUAUGUCAGAUUCUUUCUCAUCUUCCCACAAAGGAAGCUGUAAGAACAAGUAUCUUAUCCACAAGAUGGAGAAAUCUUUGGCAAUUGGUUCCUGUAUUGGAUUUAAACGGCCGCGAGUUCCGGUUAUUUGUGAGUUUCGUUGGCAGGUUUUUUGACAUCCACAAAGACUCAUGUAUACAAAAACUAUGUUUACGUAUUAGUGAUCAAGCUGGUAAGUCGUAUCUCACCUCAUGGAUAGAUCUUGUGACUAGGCGUAGGAUUCAGCAUAUUGAUAUUAGUCAUGUUUUUUACCGUCCUGAAUUCGGUGACAUACCCCUGAGCUUGUAUACUUGUGAUACACUGGUACACUUACGACUCUCUCUACUCACCAUGGUUAAUGUCGAGUUUGUUUCCUUACCUUGUCUGAAGAUCCUGCAUUUAGAGUUUGUUAAAUAUACCAACGAGACCACGUUGGAUAAACUGAUCUCAUGCUCUCCAGUUUUAGAAGAUUUAACCAUUGCAAAAUAUUCUGAAGAUAAUGCAAAUGUUCUACAAGUACGCUCUCAGACACUAAAGAGAGUCGACAUACAUGGGUGGUUUGAUCGACAUACUAGACUUGUUAUCGAUACUCCUCUACUCCAGUUUUUGAUGAUUCAAACUCACUCAAUAAAGAACAUUGAUUUCAUCAAUCUAGGUUUCACUGCCAAGGUAGAUAUGGACGCUAACUGGCUCACUACUUUGGAUCCAAACGACUUAUCCAACAGAAGCAUGAUGCGCGAUUUCUUCACCAGUAUUUCAAGGGUCAAGUCUCUAGUCAUUAGUUAUGCUACUAUCAAGGACAUCUUUUGUUACAUGGAACAAUUGAGUGCUGUUUGUUCUAUUUCUAAUCUGGAAAUGUUGCUAAAUCUUCUUAAGAGCUGCCCGAAACUAGAAUCUCUCAGCUUGAAAUUGUUUAACUAUAAAAAGAAGAAAAAAGCAGAGGUGAUGUCUUCGACAGUGCCACCGUGUUUGGUAUCGUCGCUUAAGUUUGUUAAAUUGGAAAGUCAUGAGCUCUUUGGAUGUGGAACAGAAUUGAAAGUAGCAAGGUACUUCCUCGAGAAUUCAACAAUUCUGGAGAAAUUGACUCUAAGGAAUGAUUAUUGGGAGGAAAAUGUAAACCACAUUCGCCAGACACUCCAUGCAAUACCAAGAUGCUCUAGUACUUGUGAAGUUGUUCUUCUUUAG